UUUAGAUCAUUUAGGAUCAGCAGUCAACGCAGACAGCUGAACUUAAGGACGUAAGGAAGAUGGCAUCCCAGCAUCCACACCCCCGAGGACUGGAAAGCUUGAUCGAGUGUAUGGCCAGAGAUACAAUCUGCGCACAACCUGCCGAUGUCCCGAAACAUUUGGCGCAGUAUGGGUCUGAUCUCAUCAAGAAAGGAGGAAAAACGAAUCCAAUUGAAAAAGUAUUUCGAUACCAAGAAACUCGCGAUUUGAAAUAUUUUGCUCGGAAUAAGCAAGCACCAUUGAUUAGGGGUAAAGUACCUCUUACCCCUGUUGUUGCUGAGAAGACACAGAAAACAACAUCCCAAAAGUCAGCACCUAAAGUUCCAGCAGAUGUGCCCACAACAUCCAGGAAUAAAGUACCUAUUGGCACAAGGGGGAAGCCAGAAAAUGCCAGCAUUGUGUUACCACAAAAAAAGAAAGAAUGCAGUGUACCAAGGCCAGAAAAACCCAAGGAAGAAACCAAACCAAGCCCUAAGACGAGACCACCACUUUUAAUACCAGCCCAAAGUCAAAGGAAAGGAACCAUUGAAAAUGUCAAGAAAACACCGGAUCCAUGGACACAGAAAACAACACCGAGGAAGGCACCACCUAAAGUUCCAGCAAACGUAUCUGUGCCCCCUAAACCCAGAAAGCCUUUACCAACUGGCACGGGGGGGAAGCCCGAAAAUACCAGCAACAGGUCUCUACAGAAACCAAGAGAAUCCAGUGUACCAAGGCCAGAAAGACCCAAAGCAAAGGAAGAAAGCAAACCAAGCCCAAAGAUAAGACCCCCACUUUUAACACCAGCUAAAAGUCAAAAGAAAGGAAAAGGAGCGACUGAAGAUGUCAAGAAAACCCUGGAAACACGGCCUCCGAUAAUUCCCCAGUCUGCCCCAAAAGUUCCAGCUGUCAAUCCCCCUUCACGACGCCCGACUCUGCGACAACAAGCAGCAACAGGAACAAGUCUUUUACCACCAUUUCCACAGAAGAAAGCCAUAGGUAGCCAACAGCAGAAAACAAUGACAAAAAAAUCGGUACCAAUUGCUCAAGUCAAACCAGAGUGGAAUGACUGCACAACGCUGCCGGGAAACAGCAUGAGGAGAAUGAGGACUCCAGCUAUUGCAACAAAAAUCACACCCAACCAGCAAUGCCCUCGUUGCCCUCAUUUGGUGCAAGUUAUUCAAAUCGUGAGCGUCAGGCGCCGCAUCUUGCUUUCCUCACCGCAAGUGUAAGGUGAACAGUACUGGACGAUGAGGGGAGCCACUUGACGGCGCAGACGGACAUCUCCCUCUCCCCC